AUGGAGGAGUACGAUUAUUCAGACGUUAAACCUUUGCCCAUUGAGACAGACUUGCAGGAUGAACUGUGCAGGAUUAUGUAUACCGAGGAUUAUAAGCGGUUGAUGGGACUCGCAAGGGCUCUGAUCAGCCUUAACGAACUGUCACCCAGGGCACUACAGCUAACAGCCGAAAUUAUCGACGUGGCGCCAGCCUUCUACACCAUAUGGAACUACCGAUUCAAUAUCGUCAGGCACAUGAUGAGUGAAUCCGAAGACACUGUCUUGUACCUGAACAAGGAAUUAGACUGGCUAGAUGAAGUUACGCUGAAUAAUCCAAAGAACUAUCAGAUCUGGUCCUAUAGACAGUCUCUUUUGAAGCUACAUCCGUCUCCUUCCUUCAAAAGAGAGCUGCCUAUCUUAAAACUGAUGAUUGAUGAUGAUUCCAAGAAUUAUCACGUUUGGUCGUACAGAAAGUGGUGCUGUUUGUUCUUCAGUGACUUUCAACAUGAGCUCGCCUACGCCAGCGACCUCAUCGAGACAGACAUUUAUAACAACAGCGCAUGGACUCAUAGGAUGUUUUACUGGGUGAACGCUAAAGAUGUCAUUUCAAAAGUGGAAUUGGCCGACGAGCUCCAGUUCAUUAUGGACAAGAUUCAAUUGGUUCCGCAGAACAUCAGUCCGUGGACCUACCUCCGUGGUUUCCAAGAGCUAUUCCAUGAUAGGCUACAGUGGGAUAGCAAAGUAGUCGACUUCGCCACAACCUUCAUCGGUGACGUAUUGUCACUUCCAAUUGGCUCACCAGAGGAUUUGCCCGAGAUCGAGUCCUCAUAUGCCCUGGAAUUCCUGGCAUAUCACUGGGGGGCAGACCCUUGUACCCGAGACAACGCUGUUAAGGCCUAUAGCUUGCUAGCAAUCAAAUACGAUCCUAUUAGAAAAAACUUGUGGCACCACAAAAUAAAUAAUCUGAACUGA